AGCCAGCGUUCAUUCAGUAAAUUGACAUCGAAACUCCGCAGCGUGUCCAGCCCUGUGCUGGGCGUCAAGGAUGUGUGGAUGGAAAGGACACGGUCCCUGUCGUCCAAGAGGAGACACACCAACAAUAAUAGCACAAUAUGACAAUUGCUUAAAUGAAGUUCUCUGCAGAUGACAUGACCCCUAGAGAAAGAGCAUAGACAUCCCCCUAAAUAGAAGAACUCACUGCUGUGCCUUGCCUGGGUGGAGCUAGCACUGCCUUCCUGUUUCCAUUCCCCACUCCAGAGAACUGGCCCACUGGGGGACUCCCACCCCAGACAUGGAGUGAAAAAUGAAGGUACUCGUGGCCAAAAAGUGACCAGAGAUCAGAAUGCAUCUCUUCUUGCCCCCAGCGUAUUCAGAAAUGCCACCUCUCCCUUGCCCAUGUUUGCUUUCAUCAUUUGUCUGUUCUCUGGGCUUCCAGUUCAUAAUAUUCCUUUCUUCUCCCACAACCAGUGUAAGUGGUCUGAGAUCCAAGCACUCGGGCACUGUGGCAUCUGGGGGAAAGCCUUGUUGGGACCGUGUUGGUACAGAUUGCUGUGAGCCAGAUGUAGAGAAGGGAGCUCUCCAGCCGCUGGGUCCCUCGCCCGUGUGCAUCAAGGGCAGAGGUGCACCAUCUCCCGUGGCCACAGGCCAUUCAGGUUCAUGUUCUCUAACAUUUCUAGUGUGCUUACUCUGUCCCUGAUACUAUGCUAGGUGCUUCCAUGUGGAUUUCAUUGUUUACCCUUCACAAUAACUUUGAUGGUGCACAAGCCAUGUGACUUUUGUUGAACCUACGAACCAAAUGCCCCCGUCACUCUCUGCCAUUGUUUAGCAGUCCUUAGACAGCUCACUUCGCCACCAGUGUAGGUCUCUGUUCCCUUAUCUGUAUAAAUGAGGGGAUUGUCUAGGGUCCUUCCCAGCUGCAAACCUCUGUGUUUUGGGGAGUUCUGUGGCAACAUUCUUGGACUUGCUCUCUACGAAAAAAGCUAAAAGUAGAUUAUUGAAAUGGAGUCCACAGGAAGUCUUCAGGGCUUUAAGACAGGUUUCUAAAGAGUUUAGAAACACCAACGUGCAGAUGACUUACUCCCACUACUUAUUACAAAGUAUCAUGGCAAGUAAGAAAGAAAUGGUCAGCCACUGGGAGAGCAGGCUGGGGUUGCAAGGAGGUGGCAGGUGCUGCUGUUGGGAUCUUGGGGGAGCAUUGUAGAAAAGUCAGCUUUGGAACCAGGCACUGAAAAAUGGGUGAAAUUUCAACACGAGAGGCAGUGCACGUGGGUCAUGAUUCAAGUAGCAGUGAGUAGUGAAUGGGGUUGGAGCAAGGGGCCCGUGAGCUCAAUGAUCACAUGGAAAAGGGAGGUGAGGGCCGGAGUGCAGAGAACCCCUCUCACUUUCCUGUGGGUCUCUCCUCUUCUUUAAACUGCAUUUAGGUUUUCCUCAUCUAUAAGAUGAAGGAAUAAGAUUAGAUGUCCUCUUUAUAUGGCUUGUCUACUUCUAAUAAACUUUGGUUCCCUAUUCCAGCCACCACCCAUAAAGACUCUUACUUUUUCCUCCUCAAUCCAUCAGCAUCAGCCAGCAUUCUCCCUCUCAGCUCACCCUGGUCAUUACCUCACUAAUCUGUACCUUGACUCUUAUUCUACCCGGGACCUCCCCUCACUAACCAUACUUGAUUUAUUUCCUUAAGAGCAGAUACCCUGUGUAUUCUUAGCUUACAGUGGCUGAGCUUUCGGGAGGUUUAAUAAAUUGUUUUUCAAUAGACUGUCAGUCCUAAAUGAUUUUAUUGCAGCUGUAUUGUUCUUUUUGGGGGGAGUAGGGAAGGUAAUCCUAGUUGUAUGCCAUAUUCUUUGUAUUGUUCAAGUUGCAUUUUGUUGGGCCUGUAAUAUUGAAGAAAAUGUCACUUGUAUGCAGAGUAGGAGGGAGAUUCCUUACACUGUAGAGGAACCGUUUUCCUAGGAUAGUACAAUUCCUGAGAGUCAUUUUCCUCUAAGGAUGAGCAGUAAAGCUAGAAUCCCUCUCUUGGCUUUGACCUUGAAGGGGUCAGCUGUUCCCAAGACUAGUUCCCAUGGAAAGAAGAUGGUCUCCUUAUCACAGUGACAAGAGGAGGCAGUAUGAGCAGAGUGCGUCACUGUUGCUGACCUCUAGGGACAAGCGAGCCAGCCGUAUUUCAGACAAGCUGGGAAGAGGCUCUCUGUGGGUCCUGGGAGUGAGGGAGCACUGGCGGGCUCAGACAUAGGUGUUGCUUAGCAGGACUGCUCUUCUGUUUCUUGUGUCGGCUUUGUUUAUUUCCUCUCUAUUUUCCCCCUGGACUUAGUGAAGUCUUUCCGAAAAUACCAAAGGUGAACCAGGGGAAGAGUUUUCAUUUUCCAUGUUUAGACAGAACUUUAAAUAGGAAAUGAUGUACACCCUGGGAGGCGGUGAGGUGGUGGCGAUGGUAAUUAAGGGGUGAUUAUCUCAAGGAGGUGGAGGAAUCAGGGGGAUCACUAGCUCAGCUGCCCCUCUCCACCUGGAGCAUCUCCUUCCAGUGCUAACCCUCGGAAGAGCUGGGCUUUCUUUGCUCUAGUGAGGGAGAGACCAGCAAUGAAGGUAUCUUGAGAUCAGCACUGUAAUUCCACCAGGACUCCUCAGGAGCCCGGUGUUAACCUUCUACUAUGGCAACAGAAUGAGGGCGCCGAUGGGUUGAAAUGCCGUUUAAACAAGGAAAUAGUAGAAUUAGAAGGAGCAUAACCACUAACAGGAACAUUUUGUAGCAGAAAUGUUAAAAAUCUAAAGGAGGAAAGUGAAUCAACAAUAACUCUUCUGUUCUGGGCAAGUCCAGCCCAUUUAUGUGAGGUGGUUAUUCUGCAUCUCUGUCUUCUGCAAGUCGCGCUGUGGCAGGGCUCUGUUUUGCAGAGAGGGUCCCUGGGGAUGGAGCAGAUCGGUUGGUGAUGUGUGUCUGUCAGAAAGCUCGGCAGAGCACCCUGGAACGCAGGCCCUCUCGCAGAGUCGGUAGUGACCCUACAUGUUCAUUUCCAAGGGCAGGAGAACAGACCGCUCCGGCUGCGACCUGGCCAGGAACGACCCCACAUCUGACAUUGCAGUAUGGGGGGGCCACUGAACCAGUCCUCAGCCUCAGUGUGUUCCUGGGGCUGCAGCUAGGGAGCAGUCGAACUCUUUCUUGAGACAAUUACAAGGCCACCACUGCUACUGCUGAAGGGAAGUUACUCCAUGCUUACAAUUCUCAGGUUUGAAGUUUUCAUGCUUUGCCAGACUAGAGUGAAUCAUGCAUCUUUGCAGGCUCAAGGGAUGUUUAAAGAAGCGGUAGGACAUCAUCCACCCACAAGUCGAGGCUGCAGGAUAAAGCAGACAUCCAAUAUCUUACAGGUGAACAAGGUGAUGUCCAUCUUGUUUUAUGUGAUAUUUCUCGCUUAUCUCCGUGGCAUCCAAGGUAACAACAUGGAUCAAAGGAGUUUGCCAGAAGACUCGCUCAAUUCCCUGAUUAUUAAGCUGAUCCAGGCAGAUAUUUUGAAAAACAAGCUCUCCAAGCAGAUGGUGGACGUUAAGGAAAACUACCAGAGCACCCUGCCGAAAGCAGAGGCCCCCCGAGAGCCGGAGCGGGGAGAGCCCGCCAAGUCAGAAUUCCAGCCAGUGAUUGCAAUGGAUACCGAACUGCUGCGGCAACAGAGACGCUACAACUCACCGCGGGUCCUGCUGAGCGACAGCACCCCCUUGGAGCCCCCACCCUUGUACCUCAUGGAGGAUUACGUGGGCAACCCCGUGGUGGCCAACAGAACAUCACGGCGGAAACGGUACGCGGAGCAUAAGAGUCACCGAGGGGAGUACUCGGUAUGUGACAGUGAGAGUCUGUGGGUGACCGACAAGUCAUCGGCCAUCGACAUUCGGGGACACCAGGUCACGGUGCUGGGGGAGAUCAAAACGGGCAACUCUCCCGUCAAACAAUAUUUUUAUGAAACGCGAUGUAAGGAAGCCAGGCCAGUCAAAAACGGUUGCAGGGGCAUUGAUGAUAAACACUGGAACUCUCAGUGCAAAACGUCCCAAACCUACGUCCGAGCACUGACUUCAGAAAACAAUAAACUCGUGGGCUGGCGGUGGAUACGAAUAGACACGUCCUGUGUGUGUGCCUUGUCGAGAAAAAUCGGAAGAACAUGAAUUGGCAUCUCUCCCCAUAUAUAAAUUAUUACUUUAAAUUAUAUGAUAUGCAUGUAGCAUAUAAAUGUUUAUAUUGUUUUUAUAUAUUAUAAGUUGACCUUUAUUUAUUAAACUUCAGCAACCCUACAGUAUAUAAGCUUUUUUCUCAAUAAAAUCAGUGUGCUUGCCUUCCCUCAGGCCUCUCCCAUCUGUUAAAACUUGUUUUGUGAUCUGGCUCUCAGGAGUCACUCUGUAAAAUCUGUGUACACCAGUAUUUUGCAUUCAGUAUUGUCAAGGCCACGACUGUCGUUUUAGUAAACUUGUUAAAAUCA